CUAUUUUGAUUCCUGCAUUGAGCCUGCUCCAGUGUUUCCAAACCGAUUUUUCCGGUGUGUUUUGUGAGACUAUAUUAAUUCAUCUCCCCGGUAAGUGACACGACAUGCCUGCAGCGGGUUUAAAAUGUCCCCGAUGCGGCUCGCCCAACAUUGUAGAGGACGAUCAUCACACUCAGCGUCAGAAUGUCUGCGUGGACUGUGGUGCUGUGGUGUCAGAGGGGGCUCUCACCCACGAUGUUUUCGAAGGCUCAGAUGUCAGCUACAGCCGAACAACAGCUGUCGCUAAAAAGCCAUGUUUAAACCAGAUAAAAGGCCAGCAGCAACUAAAAGCCCUUUGCAGAGUCCUACGGGCCAACAAUGAAAUCGAGACCUUGUCAAGCACGUAUUUCGCGCAGGCUUACGAGCACGAAAGCUUCCUGAAAGUCAGCCUGCAGAAGAAGGAAUGCCUGGCCGGCUGCUGCGUGCUGGUGAGCUGCAGGCAGCUCAACUGGCCCGUCACCAUGGGCACCAUCGCAUGUUUGAUGGAGGCAGACAUUGUGAUGAUGGGCGCCGUCUACCAAGAAAUGAUGAAGGUUCUCAAGGUCGAGGCACCACUGAUCAACGUCAGCGAUGUGAUGGAGGCUCAUUGUCAAGAGUACAAAAUUAGCUCCCUCGACGUGCAUGAAGACCUUGCCGAGGACCACAAGGACUUAAACAAACGAGCCUUGUCCCUGGUAGAGCUGGCCGCCGACGCCUGGAUCCUGACCGGCCGCAAGCCCGUUCCCUUAAUGAUGGCGACGGUCUACUUGGCCUGGCAGUCCCUAAACCCCAAUCACGUUCGCAUCAAAGUGUCAUUGGAGAAGUUCUGUCUGAUUGCCAAAAUGAAAAAGAACCGGGUCGCCGCCAAGAGAGUGGGUGAGCUUAAGGAGGUGCUUUGCAAACUGGGGAAGGAGAUCCCUUGGGUGACGGAGCCGGUGACGUCGGACAAUGUGGUUAAGCACGUGGGAGAUAUCGUAAAGAACAGAUUUGCUCUACUACGGAGGGCUAUGAGGAGCCAUGAGGACGCCUUAAAGGAGGAGAACCAAUUGUGCUGCAAAGAAGCAAAUCCUUUUGAACCUGAAGAUCAGACUCCACAUGCAACCACUCGAAAUCCUAAUGAGGCUAAAGAGAUAGGAGAGGACACAGAGUCCAAGAGUAAUCAAGAACCAGAACCCAACUGGGGGAAGAGGAUGCUUUUCGCACCACCCUGUGUGAUUCACCCUAAAAGACGGAGAAUGGCGCUAGAAGGGCUUAAAGAUGUAACUGGUGACGAGGAGAUCUCGGACAGCGAGAUUGAGUCUUAUAUUCGCACCCCGCGGGAGGCCAGGGAAUUUGCGGAGAUGCAGAAGGCUUGGGAAUCACAAAAUGAGGAGGCCAAAUGUGAAUAAUGAGGACUGGAGCUACUGGACUUCUGCAAUUAUGCACUCAAAAGGACACCUUUUUUUUAUUUAUAUCAUUUUCCUUAAUUGAUCAAGACUGUAAACGUUUUGUUUAGUAGAAUUUGUAUUAAAAAAAACACACACACAUGA